UAUAAGUUGUAUCUCUAAACACAAAUUAAAUUAAGUUUCUUUUAAAAAUGACCCUUUCAUUCAUUUUGUGAGGGCAUUUAAAAUUUUAAAUUUCAACACACGUUGAAAAUUGAGAGCAAAGAAGUCAGCAUCAGUCUCCAAUCAACUAAUCAGUGCCAAUGAACCGUUACCACCAUCCUUAUUUUGUGCCGUAAAUCAUGGAGAUAUAGACUUGGUAGAUAUACAAAUAUAGAUUCUUCUAGCUAAUCCAAAACUAGAGCAUACAAAUCGUGCUAUUAAUCUUUAUUUUGUCUUUCAAUGUCAUCCACUUAGACUGCAUUGUGCAAUUCAAGGGGCUGAGAUUCUAGUGGUUUAACUGUGAGAUUUUUUGAUGGCUGAGAUUCAUACAAUGAUCUCUUCAUGUUACAGGAAUGUUGGAAUUGUAUCAGCUAUAAAAGAGAACCAAUUUUAACAGGGAAUAAGGCAAAAGAAGCAGUGAAGUAGUGAAUUAUUUUUAGUUAAUUUCACUUCAAACUGUACCAAACUAUGGCUGAUGAAGUGAAGCUAUUUGGCAUGUGGGCAAGCCCUUAUAGUAUCAGGGUUGAACUAGCCCUGAAACUUAAGGGAAUACCAUACGAAUACAUGGAAGAAGACCUAUCCAACAAGAGUUCGUUGCUUCUCAAGUAUAAUCCUGUUCAUAAAAAAAUUCCUGUUCUUGUUCAUAAUGAAAAGCCAAUUGCAGAAUCAUUAGUCAUUCUUGAGUACAUCGACGAGACCUGGAGAAACAAUCCUGUUUUACCUCAGGAUCCUUAUGACAGAGCCAUGGCUCGCUUCUGGGCUAAGUUUAUAGACGAAAAGCUUUUGGUUACAACAAGGAAGGUCAGUUUUACCGCAGGGAAGGAACAAGAGCAGGCUAUUGAAGAAAUAACUGAGCAGCUGAAACAGCUAGAGAAUGAGCUCCAAGGGAAGGAAUUUUUUUCAGGUCAUAGUAUUGGAUACCUGGAUAUUGUUGCCAAUGUUUUGGUAUCCUGGUUUGGAAACGUGCAAGAGGCUUUGGGAGUUGAUAUGUUCACAGAAGAGAAAUUUCCGAUUUUAUUUGAUUGGAUUGGAAAGGUGGUUAAAAUUGAUAUUGUCAAUGAAUGCCGGAUCCCAAAAGAGAAACAUCUUGAUUAUAUCAGAAGCCGCCUGGAAGCCUUGAAGUCUGCAUCCAAGUAAAAGCCUUCCGAAUGACCCUAUCAUAUGGUAUAUUCUGCUAUAGAAGAGAAUAAUAACUUUUGUAUAAGUGAAAAUUUAUGUACCUCUGGAAAGUGCAGCUGCAGAUAAAAUUUGCUGAUGAACAAACAAGUGCUGCAAAAGAAAAAUCUACAUCUAUAAAACUAUAUUUAUUCAGGGGUAGAUUUGAAGCUAAAUGUUCUGAAUGAAUUUUCAUAAUUUUAGAUCUCCUAAUAUUUUGUUAUAACUCCCACAAUUGCAUAAGGAAUGCUGUAUUUUUGCGAUAUAAUUAUAACAAAGAGUCAUCUGUGUCAACAAGAUUAAAACGUUUACAUAUGUACACAAACAGUUACUUUCAUGCGUCCAAUUUUCUAGUUAAUAGCAAAUUCAUGGGCAUGUUGAUUGAGAAUAAACGUAUACACAAAUGGUG